AUGCAGUCCGUGGCUGGGACGAGCGCUGGAGUCCGCGGGGAAGUGGGGAAGCAGGCCAACGGGAGAAGCACCACUAGGAGUUCAAAUGCUAAUGGCUGCGACGCUAAUCCAGUUGCUAAAACGUCUGGACCGGUGCCCGCCGCCCGCUCUGCUCCACAACAGCUGUGCCGCACCGACACGCCAACAGCGCACCUGGGAUUCCACGCCAUCACCGACACUCGGAGAGCAUUUGGUGCUUGUUGGUAA